GAUUGAUGAGCUCACUCUAGUUUAAAUUCAUUUUAUGCCUGUACUGUUUAAGUAUAACCACUUAUUAUACUACUGUUGGCCGAGCCUUGUUUAAGGACCUAAUGACACAGGCUUACUGGAAGCAGUAUCUCCACUUAAUUGUUCAGUUUGGACCGCGAGAGGAUCGUUUUCACAUGUACAGUUUUUAGAACUGGCCAUUCUCCUUUCACUUAAUCUGGGGCCUUUUGGAUUUCUCCCUCUUCCUUUGGAUGACAUGACUGAGCUCUGUUGUGCUUUCUCUCACGCAGGGCAGCCACCGAUCACAAUGUGGAUAACACAACAGAAAUACUCAGGGAGUGGCUGAAAAAUGUGCAGAGACUCUAUCACUACGUGGAGUGGAGGCCCAUGGAUGUGCCUGAGUCUUAUCCUGAUGAAAUUGGUCCAAAGCACUGGCCUGCCUCCCGGUUUGCCCAUGUGAUGAAACUACGACAGGCAGCCCUUCGAACUGCGAGGGAAAAAUGGUCAGACUACAUUCUGUUUAUAGAUGUUGACAACUUCCUGACUAAUCCACAGACCCUCAAUCUAAUGAUUGCAGAAAACAAAACCAUUGUGGCCCCCAUGCUGGAGUCUCGGGGCCUGUACUCUAAUUUCUGGUGCGGAAUCACACCUCAGGGCUUCUAUAAACGGACCCCAGACUACAUUCAGAUUCGAGAAUGGAAGAGAAUGGGCUGCUUUCCUGUCCCCAUGGUCCACUCCACAUUCCUGAUUGACCUCAGGAAGGAAGCCUCGGACAAGCUGACGUUCUACCCCCCGCACCAGGACUACGCCUGGACCUUCGAUGACAUCAUCGUCUUCGCCUUCUCCAGCCGGCAAGCAGGCGUCCAGAUGUACCUCUGCAACAGGGAGCAUUACGGCUACCUGCCCAUCCCCCUGAAGCCCCAUCAGACGCUGCAGGACGAUGUCGAGAGCCUUGUCCACGUGCAGAUUGAAGCCAUGAUUGACCGUCCACCAAUGGAACCCUCCCAGUUUGUCUCAGUUGUCCCUAAAUAUCCAGACAAGAUGGGAUUUGAUGAGAUUUUCAUGAUAAAUCUCAAACGCAGGAAGGACCGGCGGGACCGGAUGCUCCGCACCCUCUAUGAGCAGGAGAUUGAGGUCAAGAUCGUGGAGGCUGUGGAUGGGAAGGCACUCAACACCAGCCAGCUGAAGGCCCUGAACAUUGAAAUGCUGCCCGGGUAUCGAGAUCCCUACUCCUCCAGGCCUCUGACCAGGGGUGAAAUCGGCUGCUUUCUUAGCCACUACUCUGUCUGGAAAGAGGUGAUUGACCGAGAGCUGGAGAAGACUCUUGUUAUUGAGGAUGACGUGCGUUUUGAACACCAGUUUAAGAAGAAGCUGAUGAAGCUGAUGGAUGACAUUGAACAGGCUCAGCUGGAUUGGGAACUGAUCUACAUCGGCAGGAAGCGGCUGCAGGUGGAGCAGCCGGAGAGGGCGGUGCCCCUGGUGGCCAACCUGGUGGAGGCCGACUACUCCUACUGGACGCUGGGCUACGCCAUCUCUCUGCCGGGCGCGCGCAAGCUGGUGGGCGCAGACCCGUUUGGGAAGAUGCUGCCCGUGGACGAGUUCCUGCCCAUCAUGUACAACAAGCAUCCCGUAGCUGAGUACAAGGAGCAUUACAAGUCCAGGGACUUGAAAGCCUUCUCUGCCGAGCCCUUACUCAUCUACCCCACACACUACACGGGCCAGCCGGGGUACCUGAGUGACACGGAGACCUCUACCAUCUGGGACAACGAGACAGUGGCCACUGACUGGGACAGGACCCAUUCCUGGAAGUCCCAGAAGCAAGGUCACAUCCACCGCAAUGCCAAGAACACCGAGGCCCUGCCCCCGCCAGCCUCCCUGGACACCGUUCCUUCGAGGGAUGAGCUCUGAAGGCCCCCCCUGGGGUUCGCUACCCUCUGGUUUCUCUGAUGGGCUGUUCAUCUGUUCGCUCUGGUUUCUUCUUGUGGCCACAGUCAUCUAACCGAAGUGGUCGAAUGUGAUUGACCAAAAUUAAUAUGUUUCUGACAAGGAAGGAGAAAUAAGAAAAUUAAGCUCAAAUUUUCCUAAAUGGCUAGAAGAUAGGCUUUAAGGCGCCCAUUAAGGUAAACUUUAGUGUAGACACCUAGUCCUCUAGUUCAUCACCCAUUGAGACUGGUUCUCACAUUGAGGUUGAAAAUGUGGCUCAGAGACUUGUCCAAGAGAAAGGCGAUCACUUCACUGCCACAGCAGUGACCGGGUGGGCAACGUAACCACGCCAACUGGGUCACAUCUAUUGGUCUAGAGGGCUCAUUUUAUAUCAUAGAUGUGACCUUGAAAACUAAGGGUAGGUAACAAGUUUGGGGGGAGGGAAUCAAAUCGUUUAAAAUCAAAUUAAUUGGGCUUUUUGUUUAAAGGAAUUCUGUCAUGAGCCUCGUUACAAAGUGAGUUUUCCAUCGUAGUCCUCGUUACCCAACAGGGGUGAGUAUUGGGUCUGUCUGCGACGUGGCCUUCGACUAUCGUGGCAGCUGAAGCUCUCAGAGUGAGGCUCCCGCUUGCCACGUGGGUAUAGUUUAGUAGAUAUUUGGGGGUUUGUGUAGAUAUUUGAGGGAAAAGGAGUUGAAAUGUUGGCCUUUCUGACUGUGGUCACUUGAGUUAGGAUUCUCUAUUUAUGAAGAUAAAUUUAAUAUAUAAGGGGUGAGGGUUGGCGUCUAACUUCUGUCCCAGGGGAUCUGCAUGUCGGACGCUCCCCUCCACCCCUGGCCUGGGAAUGAAUUGCAGGCGUGAGUUUCACGAGUCACUGUUAGUCAGCAGCCGCCCUUGCCCGAGGUUUUCAUUCUCGUUGGAAUUAUUUAUUUUACAAAACGUGGGGGAGAUAUCUGUACGAUAAGGCAGAGAAACAGAUGUUUCAGGCUUUAUCGUGCUUACAGACUAAACACAAGGGCACCCUGGGGGGUGAGUGGUCAGUGUAGACACAUCAGUUCCACGAUCUGUUCUCCUGCAUUUCCCGAGAGGACUCUUGGUGAGUGGGAGAUUCUAACCACCUGGAAGCAGAUGAUUCUCCGUCUCAGGUGAGAGACCUUGGUCCAAAGCAGUGGACUGAUCAACUGAUUGAGGCCAACCGCCAGGAAGCUCUCAGAGUCAGGAUCCUGGGCAGACCACCUCUGUGCUGCUCCGUAGGUUGAUUUCCUGUAACAGGCAGAGUUGGCUACAUCACCUCUUCCAGCUCCACCGUCUGAGAUCACCGGCCGUCAUGCUUCAGGUUGACGUUCUCCUGCCCUCAGGAACUAAAGCUUCACCUCUGGAAGUAGCCUUCCCAGCAUCCUGUCCACACACUCCUCCCUCCGUGUCCCCGUGUUGGAGCAGAGGCCUUGGGCGAGGCUGCUGCAUGUGACAGUUUAGUGCUCCCUUGGUGAGGGCCCCCGGCUGCAGAACAAGGCAGCUCGCCUUCCGCAGAACACCAGCCUUGGCCUUUCUUCUGGAAUUACCGCUGAUAUUCCUCUACGUUGACUAGUAAGGCCAGGAAACUGAGGCGAGGGAUCUUGGCUGACUCUUAAUUUUUACCGCUUAGACAAAGCAGUCAGAGCUUGACUCUUUUUUUCUAGGGGAAAAAAAAAACAGGAAGAGCACCUGAAGAGCUCGUGAAAAACCCUUGGGCAAUUCCUAAGGUUUCCUUGGGUAUCUCGUACUUUGCGUAUUUCAGUGUGUGCGAGUGUGCGUGACCUUCAUGGUAUUUUUUUUAAUGGGGCGGGAGGUGGCUGGGGUGUUGGGAGUGGAGGGGUACUGAGGUUUUUUUGUGUGGUUUUGUUUAAUAGAGAACAUUUUCUCUCCCCCAUCAGCUGGUCUGGUGGGUUUAUGAAUUCCCAUUCUUAAAAGACAUUGGUUUUAAAUUCUAGAAUUUUUUUAGAUUAGGGCUGUUCUACUGUGAAGAAAGUUCUGGCUCUCUUAGCCCAGCCAUUGCUUCUCCCUGCUCAGGUCUGGAAUCCCAAGCAGUGUCCCCUUGCUGUGAGCACUGCAAGCUGCCCACCCAGUGGUCCUUUACAAAGUCGCCUCUCCAGCAGCCCAGGGGUUCCUUGACCUCAUUGUCCUUCCUGCCUCCCCUCUAGUCUCAAGUGAAGACAUCUGAUCUUCGCUGCAUCAGAGGCUCUGCCUCCAGCCGUGGCACCUGUUCUCUGCCUUUGGAAGUCAAACCCCCACCUGGAUUCCCCAUCUGGAUCCCUAUCUGGAUCUUGGGAUCUGAGGUGGAAUCUCCUGGACAGACAACCGUGAUGUCAGCAGUGCUGGUGCUGCUGAGUGUGGGUGGAGUGUCCACAGCUGGCAGAGGACACACCAUGUGGGCCUUGCUUUGGGUUCAUGGGGCCACUGCAGGGACUCUGGACAGCAAGAGCGAGCCAGCAUCCCAGCACCCUACCCCGUCUGUCAUGCUGUGUCAUUUCCCGAGAGGAAGUGAGAAACUACUAUUUGCCUUCUAGAGCUCUCUCUGAAAAAUUAAAAAAAAAAAUUUUGGGCUCAA